GCUAACAUCAAAACAAACCUCUGCGCGGCAGUUUGACUUCUUUACAUGAAAACCUGUGAACGAUGCUGCAACCAGAGCUGCUCCAGCUCCUGACAGAGGGACAUUUAAGCUGCGAGGAAGACAUAACGACAGGGGACACACAGGAGCCGAGGCGGAGCGGAGACCAGGAGGGAAACCCGUUUAGCUUCAGCCCGCAGCUCAUACACCUGCACAAGGACCACGAGCUCUUCGAGGAUGGGGACAUUCUCAGACACAUGUACCUGCAGGACCUCUACAUCUCAGAGGCUGAAGACAAACCGACACUCAGUGUGUCCGAGUUUGCCUGUCACAUUUCUGGCUGCAGUGCAGUCUUCAGCACUUUGGAGGAGUACGAGCACCACUACAACUCUCUUCACAGACACGUGUGCUGCUCCUGCCGGCGCUCCCUGCCAAGUGCCCGGCUCCUGGACAUUCACAUUCAGGAGUGGCACGACUCCCUCUUCACUAUCCUCGCCGAGAAGCAAGAUAUGUACCAGUGUUUGGUGGAGGGCUGUGGACUGAAGUUCAGGACGAGUAAACACAGAAAGGAUCACCUGAUAAGAAUUCACAAGUAUCCUCCAGACUUCAGAUUUGACAAAACCAAGAAGGACAGAGGAACCCGGCAGACGAAGAGACAGCAGCAGAAAGACGCAGCUAUGGAGGUAGUGGACGAUGUGUGUGAGUCAGAGGGUGUGUGUGAAGUUAUGUGUGAUGCGCUGUCUGACCAACAUGAGCAGGGAGAAUCCAUGGAGACGCAUGUGUCUGAGGAGGAAGCUGUUCGCAUGGAAAAGUUGGCCUCUACUGCUCACAGCGCGGGGAAUCCAAGCACAGAGCCACAAAAACCACGAUACUCCUACAGGGUCCCCACAACUGUGUGCUUCGGUCACGGCUCCGUAAGAGGCUUCAGAGGGGGGCGGGGAAGAAGGAAAUAAAGCCAGAAUUCUGUUUUCAGUCCUUUAACAUGAAUAACUUUAUAUUCCUGUCUUGUAAAGAGAUAUUAAAAAUGCCAUAUAUGUCCAUGACUUAAAAUAAAUGUUUGAAAUAAAAAUGUGAUGGGCCG